ACUUGCUCGGCGGCGACUCUUCGAACCUGGAAUCCUGGAUCCAAUCUGCGAUUCGGGUACAUAUAUAUGGCAACAAACCGAAACAAAGAAAAUCCGGGAAACCCAAACAGCGGGACGAGGCGAAUGGAUUCAUCAAUGGCGUCUCCCUCAACUCCAGCCGAAAACCCUCAAUCCACUUCGUCUUCUUCCUCCUCAAAGCCCAACCAACCUUUAUCAGCUUCCAGAAGAAACCUGCUCUUCAACACCCCACCUCACCGCCUUCAUCUUUCUUCCCCUUCUUCCUCCCCCUCUUCCCGCGUCAUCUACAGUGAUCGCUUCAUUCCCAGCCGACUCGGCUCCAACUUUGCGCUUUUCGACAUCGGCGGUGACGGAGGAAAAGAAUCUAGCUCCAGCGCAUACACGGCGGUUCUCCGAAGCGUCAUCUUUGGAUCAGAUCACGGCGUUGUGCCGCCGGAGACUCCCGAUCGGUGCUCAUCUUCUCCUUCAUCGGCAUCUUCAACCUCAUUUUCGACUCCGAGAAGGAAUAUUUUUAGGUUUAAGGCUGAGGUUCCUCGGUAUUCUGCUUAUUCUGCGGGGUUUGAUGAUGCCCUUCCUGGAGUUGUUCCAAGCCAGCCUAAGGCGAGCAGGAAGGUCUCGAAAUCGCCUUACAAGGUACUCGAUGCUCCUGCAUUGCAGGAUGAUUUCUACCUCAACCUAGUUGAUUGGUCUUCCCACAAUGUUUUGGCUGUGGGACUUGGCAAUUGCGUUUAUCUGUGGAAUGCCUGCAGCAGUAAGGUUACGAAGCUAUGUGACUUCGGUGUGGAUGACAGUGUCUGUUCGGUGGGGUGGGCCCAACGAGGCACUCAUUUGGCUGUUGGAACGAGUCUUGGGAAACUGCAGAUAUGGGAUGCCUCACGCUGUCGGAGGAUAAGAACUAUGGAGGGUCAUCGUCUUCGCGUUGGAGCUCUAGCAUGGAGUUCCUCUGUGUUAUCUUCAGGAAGCCGCGAUAAGAGCAUUCUUCAGCGUGAUAUUCGGACACAGGAUGAUUUUGUUAGCAAGUUAACAGGACAUAAAUCAGAGGUUUGUGGGCUAAAGUGGUCUUAUGAUAAUCGACAGCUGGCAUCUGGUGGAAAUGAUAAUAGGCUUUUUGUUUGGAACCAGCAUUCAAACCAGCCUGUACUCAAGUAUUGCGAACAUAAAGCAGCAGUCAAAGCUAUUGCAUGGUCUCCACAUGUCCAUGGUCUUCUAGCAUCCGGAGGAGGAACCGCAGAUAGAUGCAUUCGGUUUUGGAAUACCACAGCCAACUCUAACCUGAACUGCAUUGAUACAGGAAGUCAGGUAUGCAACCUUGUAUGGUCAAAGAAUGUAAAUGAGAUUGUGAGCACCCAUGGGUAUUCCCAGAAUCAAAUAAUAAUUUGGCGGUACCCAACCAUGUCAAAGGUUGCCACCCUCACCGGUCAUACAUUUAGAGUGUUAUAUCUGGCAAUAUCACCUGAUGGACAGGUUAAACUUAUUCGCUUCUGUUUUUGGACAAUUGUCACUGGUGCAGGAGAUGAGACGCUAAGAUUUUGGAAUGUGUUUCCAUCGCCUAAAUAUCAGAACACUGAGAGCCAGAUUGGUGCCUUCUCUCUUGGUAGAACCCAUAUUCGGUGACCAAUUGGAGUAAUCUGAACUAUUGAAACUGCUAUAAGAUGCAGGUUUUACUUUAGUUGGCUGGGUGUUCUAGCACUAUUCAGGUCAAGUCUACUGUCAUUGAUUUUCUGCCUGACCUCCAACUAAUGCAUUCCCACAGCUAGCCUUAUUUAUCCCAGAUUCCAAGUUUUGCGAAGCAUUGCUUAGCUGUCGACAAGUGUAAAUAUACGCUUAUGGGAACGGUUUGCAGGUAGUUAUACUUCUGCAUUAUUUAAGAGAUUAAAUUAUAUUCUCCCACACUUUAGUGUCAUAGUCAUCGCAACGCAGAAAUGCAAUGUUACUCUCGCAAAUCCUUUUGAUAAUCAAUUUUGUUGUUUAUGUUCA